AUGAUGAAUUUUUCAACUGAGGAUCAUGACCGAGGCAGGAAAAGAGAAAAGCGAAAAACGCAGCAUGAAGAGACGUACAUGACAGAUUUGGAGGGGAUUCUGACAGAUGGAGGAGAGUUUUCGUCUCAAAAACGACUCAAAAUAUCGCAAAGUUUCAAGAAGACACAAAACGAGCAGAAAUCACCCUCCGGAAUCCCGUCCAGAAGUCCUCCUUCAAGACUCAUUCAGGGUGCGCCUCGACAGUCCCAAAAGAAGACAUCAAAAUCAGGAUUUUUACUGGAGAAGUACCUUUCGCCAGAAGCCAUAAUAGUCUGUCGAAAAUGCGCCAAGAGGGUUGAUCCAAGACAGGACAUUGCCAAGACUGUGGACAUUCUAGAGCGCGAGUUCACUGUUUCUAACUGCACAAAAGUGCUUUGCAGAACAUGUAGUGAGAGAGCUCAAUCGAAACGAGAAAGCUGCAUGAGACACUGUUUUGUGGAAAAAUGCGAGAGGCAUCCGUUGAUCGAGUUUUUCAUCCCGCUUUACUGCGACUGGAAAACUGUCUACCAGCCAAGGAAAUGUCAGCUACAAUCAAGCACUGUUGUGACGAAGCAAAUCGAGCGCGAACGAGAAAAUGUCAAAUUUAGCUACCAAAAUUUGCAAAGAGAUUCGAGAAAGACGCAGCAAGAAAUCCAUCUGCACCAGAAGAUUCAAAAUGAAUUGAUGGCAAAGGAACGCAUGUUUUCCGAAAAUCUGGAAAAAGCAUUCAAGGACAAUAAUGUUGUCGAGCAGAGAAUCGCCCAGAGCAACCGAUACAUCCAAACCUCAUCAGAACUCUCUAAGCAGAGCGACAUGGUACAGGAGCGAAGCAACUAUCUGACAAAGAAACUCAAAGAGGCUACCAAUUUCAAAAUGUCGCUUUUGGAACGGAUCAAGUCGAUGAACAUCAACUUUUAG